GAUUUGCGCUGUCCCCUGACGGGAGCAUUGCUCUCUACGGACACACUCUUUACACUGCUGUGUCUCUUUCCGGCGAGAGCUAGCGUUUUUUCCGGCGUGCGUUUUGCCGGGACUGCUUCCCUUCUACUGCAUUUGCGGCCGAGAUCCGCCGGCAUUAUAUGUUCUUCGGAGCCAGGAAACCACCUGCAAGGGAAAGCUGCUUCAGGUUGAUGUUGCGGUUUCCGGUGAGCGCCGGUUUUCUGGCCGCAGAGGUACCCGGAAGGGAAAUGACGCUUGGCAAUGCAGGAGUCUCGCGGUUUUCUUUACCUCGGGUGCUCUGAAGGUGCGCAUUUCUCCGCUCGGUUGAAGAAAUCCGCGAGCAUUUCGUCUUCUUCCGCGCACAAGGAACGGGGCGAAGCCGCCGUGCUUUACAACGACACCCCGGCGUUUCGAUAUCGUUCCGUAAAGCAGCUCCGCAUUGUGGAAUACUGGUGGUUGCCGGAAAACGUGUCGCAUAUUGACUCUUCUGGGAGGUUUUCGUACUCGGUCUGAAGAGUCGCCAGGGAAGGCAGGCGUUUCCGGAUCUCUGCGAGACGAAACCGUCGCCAUUGCUUUAGAUCAUUUAUAGCCCAGGCCAUUCUUUUGGCUUAUCUCGCAGGGCCGGGCGAAAAGAAAAUCGUCGCUAUCCGGAUCCUAAAUCAGAAAAAAGUAGCCGUUUCUCCUUGCUUGACUUGCAGUUAAAAAAAUCAGCAUUUUCGUCUCUUCUGAAGACUGGAAAUCUUCAGCCCGAGGGGUGGAGAAAUCUUGAUCUUUUCAGGAAGUUUGUCUGUGUUUCCUUCCAGCCAAACAGGAACUUAUGAGAUGACCUUACUCUUUCAGUUCGGGAGCAAAAUCUCAUCCGCUUGCAAGUUCUAAACAACCAGGAAAGUGGAGAAAGGAGGUGAGGGACUUCCCGUUCUGGUUGGUUCCUGACAUAUUUUGGGAAUUCUGGGUCGGGAAGAUGCAGUGGUAGCUGGGGCCGUGUCAAAGCCUUGACGAUGGGAACACUUUGGGGCCUUCUACAGCUCUUCCUCCUAUCCCUCCUCCUUGCAGUUCCCUCGGCGAUCUCGGGUGACCCCGCGCCUGCGCUCAAUGACGACGUCCUUGGUCUCAUUGUCUUCAAGGCCGACCUCCACGACCCGAGCUCUGCCUUGACCUCCUGGGCCGAAGACGAUGACUCGCCCUGUAACUGGGCGGGAGUGUGGUGCAACCCUCGGACUGGGCGAGUCACGGAGCUCGUCCUUGAGGGCCUCUCCUUGAACGGGAAGAUCGGUCGUGGGCUCGCUCUGCUUCAGUCGCUGCGCAAACUGUCGCUCGCCAGGAACAAUCUCACCGGAACGAUUAGCCACGACCUCGCACUACUCAAAUCCCUAAAAAUCGUGGACCUGAGUGGGAACCGGCUCUCUGGUUCCAUUCCUGCCGAGUUUUUUGAGAGGUGCUCCUCUCUCCGGGUCCUCUCCCUUGCCCAUAACGCCUUCGAGGGUCAGAUUCCAGAGAGUUUGAGCUCCUGUUUGACGCUAACCGAUCUCAAUCUCUCCUCCAAUUUUCUCUCCAGUGAACUGCCGGAUGGUAUUUGGUCCUUAACCGGUCUCCACACACUCGAUUUGUCUAGGAAUUCUUUGGUGGGAGCAAUUCCUCCUGGAGUUAAGGCUCUAGGUUACCUACAUACAUUAGACCUGAGUGGGAACAGGUUUUCGGGCAGCAUUCCUGACGACAUCGGUGAGUGUUUGACUCUUAGAACUCUGAAUCUCGGUGAUAAUGGGUUCUCUGGCGUCUUGCCAGACUCGAUGCAGCAGCUAUCUGCUCUCAAUUCAAUGAGAGUACAUAGAAAUCGAUUGAAUGGUGAAAUUCCAUCGUGGAUUGGAGGACUAAAGGCGUUGGGCACACUGGACAUCUCAAGCAAUGCGUUCUCCGGCGAGAUACCAGAUAUGAUUGGGGAGCUUGCAUUGCUCAGAAGGUUGAAUCUAUCAUCUAACCAACUUAUUGGCAAGAUACCGGAUGGUUUAAAGAAUUGCCAGAAUCUUUCUCAUGUUGAUUUUAGCCGGAACGGCCUCAUUGGCAAGGUACCAAGUUGGAUGUUCGGCUCUGGAUCGCUGAGUAGCUCUCGUUUGAGUGAGAUGGUGAAGGGAGAGAUUCUUCCUUCAGCUCCGGGGUCUGGGACUGUUGAGUUUUUAGAUUUGUCAUUAAAUAAUUUAUCUGGUGGGCUGCCAUCUGAGAUUGGAUUUUCGCCGAAGUUGGCAGUUCUGAAUGUCUCAGGAAAUUCACUUGGUCCAAAUAUUCCAGCGACGAUUGGAGAAUUAAUGGUCUUACAGAUACUGGAUCUUAGCAGGAAUCAGUUUGGUGGCAGUAUUCCAUCCAAAUUGGGGAAGUGCUCAUCUUUAACUACACUGAGCUUAUCCCAUAACAGGCUCACUGGGCCCAUUCCUAGUGACUUAGGUAACCUGUCCGAGCUACAGAUAUUAGAUCUCUCUGUCAAUAAUCUCAGCGGCCAAAUUCCACAGCAGCUUGGAAAUCUCUCGUACCUGCAUUUUCUCAACAUAUCAGGAAACAACUUUCAAGGAGAUCUCCCAGCCUUUGGCAUCUUUUCCAAGCUUUCUCCUUUGGAUUUUGCUGGCAACCCUUCCUUAUGUGUCUCUCGCUUGAACAAGUCCUGCCCUCCUGUUCUUCCCAAGCCUAUUGUCCUCAACCCCAACUCCACAAGUGUUUCCUCAUCCCCUGCAUCGGGCACCACAACUGCCACCUCUGCUAUCAGGCACAAGAAAAUCAUUCUCAGCAUCUCUACCCUUGUUGCGAUUUCUGCAGCAGCUGCGAUUAUUAUUGGUGUUAUUGCUGUGACCGUCCUGAACCUCCGUGUACGUUCCUCAUCUCCUACCUUUAUGCAUCCUCCUUUGGACUCACUCAGUGGCUCACCAAGUACGGAUGGAACGGUUGGUGCUGCUGGUGCAUAUGGGAAGCUUAUCAUGUUUUCUGGUGAAGGUGAUUUUAGUGCUGGUGCACAUGCUCUUCUUAACAAGGACUGUGAGCUUGGCCGUGGUGGUUUUGGCACAGUUUACCGCACUGUCCUCCGAGAUGGUUGCCCAGUUGCAAUCAAGAAACUGACAGUCUCCAGUUUGGUGAAGUCUCAGGAGGAUUUUGAAAAAGAAGUUAGGAAGCUUGGGAAAAUUCAUCAUCCAAACCUUGUUCAACUCCUAGGCUACUAUUGGACCCCUCAGCUGCAGCUCCUCAUUUAUGAAUAUGUUUCUGGUGGUAGCCUUUACACCCUUCUCCAUGAGGAGCAAAAUGGCAAUUGCUUCACAUGGUCAGAAAGGUUCGACAUAAUCUUAGGGAUUGCCAAAGGUUUAGAGCACCUGCACCAAUCUUGCAGGCCACCAAUGAUCCACUACAACCUCAAAUCAAGCAAUAUACUCGUUGAUGGACGGACUCGGGAGGCAAAGGUAGCUGAUUUUGGGUUGGCAAAGUUGCUGCCCAUGUUGGACCGUUAUGUGCUUAGCAGCAAGAUACAAAGUGCUCUUGGAUACAUGGCGCCAGAGUUUGCGUGCAGAUCUGUAAAGAUCAAUGAGAAGUGUGAUGUGUACGGCUUUGGAGUUCUAGUUUUGGAGGUGGUGACGGGGAAGAGGCCAGUGGAGUACAUGGAAGAUGAUGUUGUUGUUUUGAUCGAUGGGGUCAGGAGAGCUUUGGAUGAAGGUAGAAUUGCAGACUGGGUGGACGGUAGAAUGGGUGGGAAAUUCCCUACAGAGGAAGUUGUGCCUGUGGUGAAGUUAGGCUUGAUCUGUACCUCACAGCUGCCAUCAAAUAGGCCAGCCAUGGGGGAGGUGGUUCACAUACUCGAAUUGAUACGCGGCCCGGCCGACAGCCGGGAAGAGUUAUAAUUAGUUAAAGAAGAAUCCGGGUUUUCCGGAGAAGUGGAAUCCGAAGUUUGGGCACUUGGGCAUGGAAACAGCAUGAAGGAUGAUGACCUGCAAAAUGAACCGGGACCUCAUUGUUGGGUUUGCGUUUCUCACCAUUUCAUUAUCCUUCGGUUGGAUGCUUGAAGUUCUUCUGAUUCUCGGAUUCCUCUUCACCGGACGAUGACCCUUCGGUGUUCUCUUUUCCUUUUGGUAAAAUUCUGCUAGGUAUUUGUUCUUUAUGUUUGUUUAGUAUGAGUUACAUGUUUACUGAGGGAACAAGAUGAGAGAGUAAAUGUCUUAAAAGAAAAGCUUCCCUCUUCUAAAGAAAGGAAUCUCUUUUUCCCCUUCCAA